AGGCGGGGAAAUGGGCGUGGCCUGAUUGAUUGCCAGGCGUUGUGGGGCUUACUAGCCUGGGAAGUGUCAGGGUUUGGAGUUGGGGGUCGCCGACAGGCACCCCCGCGGCCGGGGUAAGGAGAUGGCGGCACGCUGGAGCAGCGAGAACGUGGUGGUGGAAUUUCGGGACUCUCAGGCAACUGCCAUGUCUGUGGACUGUCUUGGGCAGCAUGCAGUACUUUCUGGCCGAAGGUUCCUGUACAUCGUCAAUCUAGAUGCCCCUUUUGAAGGUCACCGCAAAAUCUCCCGCCAGAGCAAAUGGGACAUUGGAGCUGUGCAGUGGAAUCCUCAUGACAGCUUCGCACACUAUUUUGCAGCUUCGAGUAACCAACGGGUUGAUCUUUAUAAGUGGAAAGACGGCAGUGGGGAAGUUGGGACAACGUUACAAGGCCACACUCGAGUAAUCAGCGACUUGGACUGGGCAGUGUUUGAGCCAGAUCUCCUGGUCACCAGCUCUGUGGACACCUACAUCUACAUUUGGGAUAUCAAAGACACAAGAAAGCCUACUGUUGCACUGUCAGCUGUAGCCGGUGCCUCCCAGGUCAAAUGGAAUAAAAAAAACGCCAACUACCUUGCCACCAGCCAUGAUGGUGACGUACGAAUAUGGGAUAAGCGGAAACCCAGUACAGCAGUGGAAUAUCUAGCAGCCCACCUCUCCAAAAUCCAUGGCUUGGACUGGCACCCAGACAGUGAGCACAUUCUCGCCACCUCCAGUCAAGAUAACUCCGUCAAGUUCUGGGAUUACCGCCAGCCUCGGAAAUACCUCAAUAUUCUCCCUUGCCAGGUGCCUGUCUGGAAAGCUAGAUACACACCUUUCAGCAACGGAUUAGUGACCGUGAUGGUUCCCCAGCUGCGGAGGGAAAACAGCCUGCUCCUGUGGAAUGUGUUUGACUUGAACACUCCAGUGCACACCUUUGUGGGACACGAUGAUGUGGUACUGGAGUUCCAGUGGAGGAGACAAAAGGAAGGGUCCAAGGACUACCAACUUGUCACAUGGUCCCGGGAUCAGACAUUGAGGAUGUGGCGGGUAGAUUACCAAAUGCAGAGGCUCUGUGCCAAUGAUAUUCUGGAUGGUGUUGAUGAGUUCAUUGAGAGCAUUUCUCUUCUCCCGGAGCCAGAGAAGACCCUACACACUCAAGACACAGAUCACCAGCCCAACUCAAGCCACGGAGAAGAAGAUGGUAAUGCAACUGAUAUUCUAGCCUUAAAGGAAGAUCCUCCCAGCAGUUUGCUGGAAGAGAGGAAAUCAGACCAACUAGGCCUGCCUCAGACUCUGCAGCAGGAAUUCUCCUUGAUCAAUGUGCAAAUCCGGAAUGUCAAUGUGGAGAUGGACGCUGCGGACAGGAGCUGCACAGUGUCUGUGCAUUGUAGCAACCACCGUGUCAAGAUGCUGGUGACAUUCCCAGCACAGUACCCCAACAAUGCUGCUCCUUCUUUCCAGUUCAUUAACCCUACCACCAUCACGUCUGCAGUGAAGGCCAAGCUGCUGAAGAUCCUAAAGGACACUUCCCUGCAGAAAGUGAAACGCAACCAGAGCUGUUUGGAGCCCUGCCUGCGCCAGCUCGUCUCCUGCCUUGAGUCUUUCGUGAACCAAGAGGACAGUGCUUCUAGCAACCCAUUUGCACUCCCAAACUCUGUCACACCACCCUUACCGACAUUUGCACGGGUGACCACUGCCUAUGGGUCAUACCAGGAUGCCAAUGUUCCCUUUCCUAGGACCUCUGGGGCCAGGUUCUGUGGAGCAGGUUACCUGGUGUACUUCACAAGGCCCAUGACGAUGCAUCGCGCAGUAUCUCCAACAGAGCCUACCCCUAGAUCUCUCUCAGCCCUAUCUGCUUAUCACACUGGCUUGAUUGCUCCCAUGAAAAUCCGCACUGAGGCCCCCGGGAACCUGCGUUUGUACAGUGGGAGCCCUACUCGAAGCGAGAAAGAGCAGGUCUCCAUUAGCUCCUUCUACUACAAGGAACGGAUGUCUCCUCGCUCUGCCCGGCGACGUUGGUCCAUACAAGCAAUUAACGACUUCCCGAAAUCAAGGAGGUGGAAAAGUAAGCGGGAAGGAUCAGACUCUGGCAAUCGACCCAUUAAGGCUGCUGGGAAGGUCAUCAUUCAGGAUGUUUCCUGCCUCCUUCCUGUUCAUAAGUCACUGGGAGAGCUGUACAUACUGAAUGUGAAUGAUACUCAGGAGACGUGUCAGAAGAAUGCAGCCUCUGCCAUGCUUGUUGGAAGGAAGGAUCUCGUCCAGGUUUGGUCGCUGGCCACGGUAGCUACAGAUCUUUGCCUUGGUCCGAAGUCUGACCCAGAUUUGGAAACACCUUGGGCUCGACAUCCAUUUGGGCGACAGCUGCUGGAGUCCCUAUUGGCUCACUAUUGCCAACUCCGUGAUGUUCAGACCUUGGCUAUGCUCUGCAGUGUGUUUGAAGCCCAAUCCCGGCCUCAGGGAUUACCAAACCCUUUUGGGCCUUUCCCUAACCGUUCUUCUAACCUCACGGUAUCCCACAGUCGAUAUCCCAGCUUUACCUCCUCGGGGUCCUGCUCCAGCAUGUCAGACCCAGGGUUCAACACCGGUGGCUGGAACAUAGCAGGAAGAGAGACAGAACACAUGUCUUCACCUUGGGGAGAGUCUUCGCCAGAAGAACUCCGCUUUGGGAGUCUAACCUACAGUGACCCCCGUGAGCGGGAACGCGACCAGCAUGAUAGAAACAAAAGGCUUCUGGACCCUGCCAAUACCCAGCAGUUCGAUGACUUUAAGAAGUGCUACGGAGAGAUCCUCUACCGCUGGGGUCUGAGAGAGAAGCGGGCAGAAGUGCUGAAGUUUGUGUCCUGCCCUCCUGACCCUCACAAGGGCAUUGAGUUUGGUGUGUACUGCAGCCACUGCCGGAGUGAGGUCCGUGGCACGCAGUGUGCCGUCUGCAAGGGCUUCACAUUCCAGUGUGCCAUCUGCCAUGUGGCUGUGCGGGGGUCAUCCAACUUCUGCCUGACCUGUGGGCAUGGUGGCCACACAAGCCACAUGAUGGAAUGGUUUCGAACCCAGGAGGUAUGUCCCACUGGAUGUGGCUGCCACUGCCUGUUGGAGAGCACCUUCUGAAGAGGUGAUGGUAGUGUCCAAAAUCCCAAAGGACUCUGUAAAAUACUGGAGAAAGCUUUCUGCUGCUGGUGGUGGAAAGUUCCAGAAUCUGGGUUAUCCCCAAUGACUCAGACUGUCACAGCAUCUGCUCCUCAUGGGCCUUUGCCUUUCCUUCUCCAUGGCUGUCAGGGCGUGGAUGGUGCUGGACGAAGGGAGGGAGAGAACAGAACUGGCCACCUGUUUCCAGAGCCAACAUUAGCCUUUCGGAUGUCCUUGAACCAGGAAUAGGCUCUCCAGAUGCCAGUACAAAGGUCACAUCAACUGCAAAAGUCUCCUGAGCCAAAAGACACUGAGCCUCUGACAUCUGUGACUUUGGAAGCUGUACCUUUGAUGAGUUAAUGAGCAGAAGCCUUAUAAAAUGUAAUACUGAAGUGUAAUAUAUGAUGUACUUAGAAACUUCUUUUUCCUGGUCCAGGCGCUUGAACUUGGGGCCUUGCACAUAUUAGUAAGCAGCUGUACCACCGAGUUACAUUCCCAGCCCCUUAAGGAGUCUUAAGAUGUAUAUAUUUUACAGUUUCUCCUCCAUCUGCUUUCCCUGGACUAAUAAAGCGUUAUACUUGUUUAAGAGAGAGAAGAAACAGGAA